AUGUUUGUUAAUCGCUGUAUAAGAUUGGCGUUCAAAAGAAGUUUCAGUGCGCUGACUGUUCAAAAUCCAGCCGAGGUGGUUCUUUCGCCUCCGAGAGGGCACAAUUCGCUGCUCAUGAUAUCCACGGCAUCGCAGCUUGAGACCUCGAUCGAUAGCCUGAUCAAACUCAACCGGUCAGUUCCCUCGUUGCAGCUAGUCUAUUUUUGCGUUGACUCCAUUUUGAACUCGAGAAACGCUGUCUCUGAGUGCUGGUUCGAGGAAGACAUGCUGAUCCAAACUUGCAAGCAGUUCAAGCCCUCAAAGGAUAAAUCAACCCCGCAAUCGGGAACGGUGGAACUAAAACUCAAUGGAUUCGAUGUCGUACUGCCAUUGGCGCAUACAAUGUUCCAGAAUACUUUGCCGGCUACGUGUUUCUUCGUGGACGGCGACAACCCUCACAAUUGGAAGAGUCUUUCUCUUUUAAAAGUACAGCUCCCAUUUAUUAAAUCCUCCCAUUUUAAAUAUUCCAAUUGCCUAGUUGAGCUACCAAUGGAAAAAAACCCAGCACAGGAAUACAUUAUCACAGAGCAUGAGGGUAAUAUGAUCAAGACAAUCAACAUGCUUCCUGCAUCCCAGUAUCUCAUUGAAAAUGAACAUGUACAGAAGUCAAAGAGUGCUCUCUUCUUUAAAUUGUAUGAUGGAGCGCAGGUUCCAGACUACAUGGAAUCCUAUCACAGAAUUACAGUUGGAGGCCUCGGAUGGGGCGAAAAACAGGGGUAUCUGGUUUUAGAUCGGAAUGUUGGCUCAUUGGACCACAAAAAGCUAAAGCUUUACCAACACCGACCAGAAACGGCUGUGCACUUUGACAGAAAUAAAAAAUCCGUAGUUUUAGAGUGCUCCACGGAACAACAGAGUUACAGGCCCACCGACUCAAACUCGCCAAUUGUAAGCAACCAGAUAGGACUGGGUUCCGAGACAGGCUUCAAGCUGAAUGGUGUCUGGCACACAUCGCAGGGAGAAGUGGUUCAGAUCGUAGUCACGUGA